AAAAAGCAUUUUUUUAACGUUUAUCGUUAUCUGUUAAUAAAUAUUAUUAUAUUUAAAUCGACAAUACUUGAUUGAUUGCAGGACCCUACAACUUUUACUUUACAAAGUUUAUUUGUUUAAAGAUGAGUUUAUUUAUUAAUUGAUAGGGGUCACCACAUGCAGCAACUAUUUUUGUCAUUGUUUAUUUAUACGUUUGAUAGGUUAUUAUUAUUCAAUGUGUUUAGAACAAUCUUACUUGGGAAGUUUUUAGUGGAAUUUUCUAGUUUGUGAUGAGUACUAGAGAACAGGUACUUUUAUUAUAAUAGUAGAUUUGGCUGAUUCACUUUACUCUCUCAGUCCAGGAUAAGAUAAUGUGAAAUAAUAUAUAUGCAGAUGGUAUACAUAGAUGAUGCAUGUUGAUACUAGAGUAGAUUGCGCAGGAUCGAAAAAGAAUAGUUUAGUAAGGAUUCAUGGGGCAAUGCGCUUCGAAUAAAGCAAAGGGAAACCUAAGUGUUAAAAAAAUCUUGUCGCAUAAAAAAGCCAAAAAGAUGGAAAAGCACAAACAUUUAAAGGAGGUGAGAAACGAGACAAAUAAAACCAAACCAGCAGCACUCGGAGGUCAAGAGAAUGGAAGACUAAUAGACCCCAAUAAAAAACCCACACAGAAAUACACAAAAGGGGUCGCUAUGUCAUUUGGGUUUAAAAAGCGCCCUACGCCUAUGACUAGUCAUACUUCAGUAGCGUGGGAAGCCGAACCAUCCAAACCUGAUGCAAAUGGAAACAGAGAAGAGGCACCCCCUCAACAAAUAUCACGUCACCAAAUAUUAGAGAAAAAUAUGCACAAAAUGGCGUCUUCCCAAAAACCAGCUACAAGCAGUAUUAUCCCUUCAAAGCCCCCUAGAUUGCAUAAUUUUCCUCCAUCCAAUCCGGAUCACCGAUCGAUGUCAUCAAGCGAUAUUAAAUAUACAGCGACGCCUAUUAAGAUCGCCACCCCCGCUCUCAUUCAAGGACUUUCCAGAAUGUCGCCGACCACGGACAUGGUGCCUACACCGCCAUCUGAUCCUGCGUGUUGUCGAACUUUUACUAGAACCGUCACUGUAGUUACCCAAUCACAUGUCACUGAAAAAGAUGAAUUAGUUAGAGAUCCCGCGGGUAUCCAAAAUAUCCAACCAUUGAAGACCGGUAAAUUUACGUUUCAAACGACAAAGUUGCCACAGCCAGAGUCCGUUAGAGUAGUUGAAACAAAAGCAGCAAAAACUAUUGCUAACAAUAACAGAAAAUCUGCUCGAUUAUUUAGGCGAUAUGAAGAAGAACACUGUAAGAAUUAUCAAGACGAUUCUGGUUUCGGAAGCAAUUCCAGUGGCGUACAAGCUGAGAUGGAAAGUGGUCCAUCUAAUAUUGCCCUAACUAAUAAUAAAUCUGAAGAUAGACUUAAAAAUUCAAUAAGAUUUAGUCGCCUUGAAAGCAGUGACAGUUUUAGUGAAGCGUGUACUCCUCCCCCAUUACCAGAGCUACCUUCUGCCUUUGGGUUUGACAAUUCGUAUAACACAAAUCCAGAUGAUGAAAACAUCGAAUACAAUUCCAGAAAUGCGCUUUUUCAAGGCAACAGAACAUGCACCUUUUUGAAAAGUCGUAAUAGAAAUCUUCUUGAUAGUCCGAGUUCCAGUGAUCCUGAAUGGCUUAAUGGCGGUGAGGCUAUGGCAGAAGAAAUCACAUUUACGCCAAGCCCUAAACGUAAAGUACCCGAAGUCAGUCCAGUAGUAGAAUUUAAAAGUGAAGCUAUAGCAGAAGUAUGUACUCAAAAUUUACAGCCGACUUUAUCUCUUGAGAUGAUCGACAGUCUUAAAGAUAGUCUGCACCUUUCGGUGUCCUAUGAUGGAAAUUUCGGCGAUACCAACAAAUAUACAGCUAUUCUGCUGGAUGACGAAAUACUCUCACCAGUUGAAAGCCUAUUAAGUUCUUCAGAAGCUGACGAUAUUUCCAAGAAAAGACCUGCAAGUUCUUAUUCUUCCCAUUCUAAAGAUGUUAAUGAAAAAGCAACACCUUCCCCGCCUCGUUCUCCCACUCGUACGUAUUCCCUGUCACUUUCAGAUGAUAAGGAAGAUUUUCUCAUUGAUGAUGAAAUAGCUGAUCAGCCAGAACUAUUAUUUGAGGACGGACAUCACAUAGAUCGAGUUGCUCUUUCCCAUGCAAUAGAGCAGGAGUUACUAUCCGUUUCUAACCCAAGACGUACAUCAUCUAACUCAGAAUUCAGUCCGUUACCUACAAGACGAAGGCGAAAUUUACCGCAAAGUACAGAUCAAGGCAGCUUUGACAGUUUAUCUCCUUGCGACAGCAUCGGCAGCGAAGAUUUAAUGAUGGAUUUUGAUGUCAGUCAAUCUAAUGAUACUGAUGUAUGGGAAAGGCAAAGUACUUCUGUAACAUCAACAGAUGGAAUUCCAAAGUAUAAGUCAAGGCCAGACGAAAACACUUUUAAUAACAAAAAUUUUUUAAAAAGCCUGUCAUCUAGAAAUUCCAUUAUAAGUAAUGGUACACCCACGAGCCAAACGAACUCCCCAAGAUCUGUAAGAAGAUUAAAUCGCAGGCCUUCUACAGAAUGCAAGAGUCCAAGGAAGCAUCCAAUCAAUUUCUCUGGAUAUCAAUCUAUGACAUACGAUCCAGCGUCCGAAUCUGUCACUUUAACGAGAACAAAUCACUCGGCUAUACAGCAGGAUAUUAUUGGCAUUAAAACAAUGUUGGUCACUUUGAAGAGAGUGUUGAAUGACUCUGAAAGUCACUCUUUAAGACCCUGCAUCAAUGACAUCCCAGAUCAUAAAAUCAACAACAAUAACCACAGUGAAUUCAGCCUUGAAAUGGCCGAUUUAAGACGUCAAAUAUUGUUUCUGCAGGGCCAACUGGAAGAUAAAGAAAAAACAGUGUCAACCCUACAAAAACAGAUUAUCGACCUGGCAACCCAAAGUAAUCAUAACAGUUUAGAUAACGCAACUGUACUUACUGUAGAUACUCAAAAUGGUUCUUGUAAUGCAGCUACUCAAACGGAAAGGCUAAGACCUCUUUCUACAGGUCUCUUUUCGUCAACUUCCUCACCAAUGGAAGAUAACAACCCCAUACUCAGAUUGAUCGUCAAGUAGGAGGAAUGUGAUAACCAGAUAAGGAGAGUUAGAAUGGACUGAGACGAGGGAAGAAGAAGCAAGAUUAGAGUUUUUAGUAAAUGUCUCAUAUAAUUUAUUAUAAUAGAUGUUAUAAGUAUUUAGAACAGACGUUCUGAUAUAGUUAAGAUAUAUGUACUUAAAAAUAAUAUUUCUAAUUGUUCCUCUUUAGGUAUUAUCCUAAUAUAGUUUUUUAAAUUGAUUAUUUUAAAAGGGACAUGAAUCAGAUCUGUAAUGCACAAAUGGCCUUUUUUUCAAUUUUUUUGUCAUAUUGUUUUUGAAGGUAUUUUUAAAGCUAUAGGAAUACAGAGAAUUUUUAUUUUAAAAAUAAAUAAACAAUUAAUUCGUCCCUCUAGACUUCGGUUUCAUUCCGCCGUGUUUUAAUGUACAUUAUUUAAAAUUUAAUUUAUGAGGUGUUUUUUUGGCAAAUGCGAAAUAUCCAAUUUAUACUUUAAAGUUAAAUCAUCCUUUUAAAACAAAAUUCACGCUCUUUUCAAAAAAUAUCGUUAAACAAAUAUCCAUAAGCUUCUGUCCAGUCACUUUGCUUUACGAUAAUUAGGUACUCCUUAUUAUCACCAAUUACGAUACCGAGCUGUUUCCGACAGAACCCUGCUUAAAACUAGAGAGGGCUUUAUCUGCAUUCUUUUGCUAUUCUUUGGGUAUAUUUUUUGUUUAGUUUUACUGUAUAUGCUGUAAAAAUAAAUGACGAAACUUUAGAGUCAUUCUGUAUUUAGAUACGUUUUUGAAUACUGAAUCACUCUGUAUCGCCAUAUUUUCUUUGUAGAAAUUUUAAAAAAAUAUUUGGUCUUCAAGUAAAUUUAAUUCACGGCUGGUAUUAUACUUGUUAUAUAAAUAGAAUACUUAGAAAAUA